AUGUCCGAAACCAACGAAGUCUCAGUCGCGAUCAUCGGUAGCGGCAUAAUCGGCAGCGUGCUAGCCCUAGGUCUCAUCCGGCGCAACAUCAAAGUCCAGGUCUACGAGCAAGCACGCUCCCUCCGCGAAAUUGGUGCCGGGAUCGCAUUUACCGCGAAUGCAAGACGAUGUCUAGGUCUGAUUGAUCCACGGCUCGACGACUGUGUGACAGCCGUCGGAACGGUUAACGGAGACCCAGCCAGGCCGAAUAAUCACAUGCAGUUCAUCGAUGGAUACACCCAUGACCCCGUUAAGCAUCAUCUUCCAGGUGAGGAUCUUGCUGGCAAGACGUUGUACAAGCUCCAUGCCGGGCCCAGGGGGUUUGAGGGGUGUCAUCGGGCGCACUUUCUGGAGGAAGUCAUGAAACUAAUGCCUGAGGAUGUUGUGCACUUGUCGAAGAGGCUGGAUGUUUACCACCUUCCACCCGAGGACAGAGAUGGUAGCGGUUCUGGGAAUGAGAAGAUCAAACUCGUCUUUUGCGACGGUUCCACCGCCGACGCAGAUAUCGUAAUCGGCUGCGAUGGGAUCAAAUCGCGCGUCCGCGGGCUCCUUUUCGGGACCGACAACCCAAUCUCCCAUCCGCACUAUACGCACAAAGUUGCUUACAGGGGUCUCAUCCCCAUGCACCUGGCAAUGGAACGUCUAGGCACCUACCGCGCUCUCAAUCAGCACAUGUAUGGUGGGCCCAAUGCACACUUGCUACAUUUUCCAGUUGCUGGUCAGAAACUCCUUAAUGUCGUUGCCUUUGUUAAUGAUCCUGAAGAGUGGCCUCUGGAUCGGAAUAUGACGCAACCUGCGACGGCGGGCGGAUUACAGAGUGCUUUUUCCGAAUGGGGCCCGACAGUGCGUGCUAUUGUUGAUCUGCUUACAAAAUCCCAGGGGAUGGACAAGUGGGCGGUUUUUGAUCAUUUUGAUCACCCUGCUCCAAGGUAUGUUGGUGGCAAAGGCGAGGGAGGGAUGGGAAGGGUUUGCAUUGCCGGUGACGCGGCACAUGCUAGUGCGCCGCAUCAUGGUGCUGGAGCUGGUAUUGGCGUUGAGGAUGCCCUGGCGUUGUCUAUCCUACUUGAGAAGGCGGUUGGUGAUAUCAAGUCUGGGAGUCGAUCCAAGGGAACCACGCUGGGGGCUGCCCUACAGGCAUUUUCUAAUGUCCGGCACGAGCGGUCUCAAUGGCUUGUAAGGAGCAGUAGGGAGGUGUGCGAAACGUAUGAGUGGAUUAAUCCUGAAUGUGGGGGGGAUAUGGCCAAGGGCUUUGAGGAUGUCAAGGAAAGGUCGCAUAAGAUCUGGUAUUUUGAUAUUGAGGGAAUGGUGGAAGAGUUGACAAGGGAGUAUCACACUGAAUUCCAGAACAGCUAG